GUGGGUGGUUGGCCGGCGCUCUCAUGUAUUCUUGUAAACAUCUGAUUUGAGCGCGGUUCCGAUAAUAAGACGUUCAAAUUCCUUUCAUUAACUAAUAUUUAGCUUUUCUGUUUUAUUAAUCUUUUUUUCCAGUUGUCUACCAUGGAAUCACAGAGAAAUCGAGUUGAUUACUGGCAAAAACGAUGGGACGCAGGGAUCGUCACCUUCCACAAACAGGAAGUUAACCCGUUGCUGGAAAAGCAUUUUGACAAGCUUCUCUUGGGUGGAAAGAACGAACGAAUCUUUGUUCCACUGUGCGGGAAAACUUUAGACAUGAAAUGGCUGGCUGACAAAGGCGUGGAAGUUGUUGGGCUCGAUGGCGUCCCCUUGAGUUUAGAGCAGUUCUUCUCCGACCAGAACCUCGAGUACACCUCGAAGAAGAUACCUCAGUUGGGGGAUAAUUGUCAACUGUUUGAGAGUGCCCAGGAUCGAAUUCGCCUAUAUUGCGGGGACAUGAUGAACUUCAGUCCGAGUGUGGCAGGUACAUUUGAUGCUAUUUGGGACAGGGCCUCGCUUGUGGCGCUCAACAGAAACGACGUGCCCAAGUAUGUGGAGAUUAUUAAAAGCUUGCUGAAACCUGGGGGUCGCUGUCUACUGGAAGUCGUGGACUUUGAUGUCAACAACAAGGAGGAUGCAGCUCAUAGCAUACCUCGGCCACCACCACCACACCCCAUGUAUGAACCAGAGCUCCAACAGUUGUAUGAACCAGAAUGCACUCUGAAAUAUCUGGACAAAUAUGAAAGGAUCCCAUCUGGGUAUCAACGGCUGUUUUUGAUAACCAAGCAGCUGGGCUAAUUACCAGGCGCCGUCUUAGCGUAUAUUAUUAUCAUAGGUCGUAUACCCUAGGGAGUGGUCCGUGGGCCCUAGGAGCACAGGGGUCCCUUGCUGGUCAACGCAUGUUCUCUAAUUUGCUUUUCAAUAAAUAAACGCUAUAGUGCUUUAUAUUUCUC